GUCCUCAGAAAUUUAAAAAUUCUGUAUAUUUGACCAAAUAAAUGCCAGAAAAAGUGUAGCUCCUCUUUUCUAGAUUUUCAGACUUUGAAUAGGAAGUUGAAUCACAUCCAUAACGGGAUCCCGUUAAUCUGACUCAGUGAGGUGUGUUUCUGUCCCACACGCCCCUCUCAUCCUGAAACCAACCUGGACAGACUGAGCGCUGCAGUCUCACCGGACAGGCAGCAGGGAGACACGUCUGGAAGCUGAACAAUGCGGACCGGGUUGCCGAAAAGGUUGGAAAACUUAUCUUUACGCACGGGACAGGCGCAGACAGCAGCUGUGUGUCCUGCACGGAUCAGGCUUCACGCGCUGGUUUCUCUGCGGGUCAUUUGAAGCACCGAGAGGAGGCAUGAGCAGCCGCGCUGCGGUGCCGCGGGAAUCCCGUUAGUGUUUGGAUUCACCAGAGCUUUGGAUAACAGCUGGAAUAUCGGUUACGCUCGCGCUUUACCCUUUUGGAAACUUCGCAUCUGAUUUAGCACAGGAAUUCUCUAACAAAUGACUACCUCUGAGAGAUCUACUGCUUUCUCGCUUCAUCCCCAAAAGCCCUUUUACCGAACCAGCCUAAAAAAUCACCUCUAACCUUGCCGGAUUCGGCGCGGGGAAAUGCUCCAGCGCGCCGCGGCUACCUGGCCCAGAAUGUGGGGAGCCACCGUGGUUCUGACUCUGCUCCUUAUUGACGUGAAGGCCAGCGGGGAGUUUUGCCACGGCUGGCAGGACUCUCAGGGCGCCUGGAAGGAAGGAUUCCAGUGUCCGGAGAAGAUCGACGCGGAGGACGCGAUCAUCUGCUGCGGGAAAUGCGAGCUGCGCUACUGCUGCGCCAGCGCGGACGCGCGGCUGGAUCAGGGGAGCUGUGAGAACGACCGGCAGCCGCAGGAGACCGGGGCAGAGAGCACAGACAAGGACUCUCGAGCAGUGCCCAUCUACGUGCCCUUCCUGGUCGUGGGUUCCGUCUUCGUGGCUUUUGUGGUCGUGGGUUCUCUGGUAGCCGUGUGCUGCUGCCGCUGCCUCCGGCCGAAGCAGGAGCUGUCUUCAUCAGGGGCCACGGGGGGCGGGGCCCCCAGCGGACGCCUUCUAGAAACCAUCCCCAUGAUGGCCAACACCUCCAGGGGCUCCUCGUCCCGACAGUCCAGCACGGCCACUUCGUCCAGCUCCUCGGCUCCGCCUGCUGCCCCCCGCACUGUCCCGCCCGUGGCUCCCGCCCCUCUCAUGCGGGCCCAGGCCUCCUGCUGCCUUCCGCCGGACGCCAGCGUCUUUGUCAACAUGCCCACUAACUUCUCUGUUCUUAACUGCCAGCAGGCCACACAGAUCAUGCCCCAUCAGGGGCCGUUCAUGCACCAGCAGUACAUCGGCUAUGCCCAUCCUGUCCCCGCAGCUUUUAUAGACCCGAGCCAGGGGGGCUACAGGCCCCUCCAGUCCCCCUGUCCUCCUCCCACUGGUGGGUCCAGCAUCACCAGUGACCAGAAGUUCCCUCCAGUGACGGUCUGAUGCGGGGGCAGCUCUGCACAACCCGCCUUUCACUCUGUUACAAACUCCUGACUUGUGAAGUUAAACCUUGCAGGGAUGCAGAGGAGACUUUUGGGCACACGGCCAAAGUCUCUGAGUGUUUAGGGCUUCUUAUGACCUCAGAGCUCAUCUCAGCAGUGGACGCAAACAGAAAACUGAAGGUUUGCACUGAACAAGCGAUGAGAGGAUGAUUUAUGGAUAUUGGAGCAGAAAGAAAAUGACCACAUGCUGCGUUUAUGUGCACAUCUGCGCUUGUGAGCGGCCGUGAGCUGCCUGUACAACAUGGUAUACUUCUGUUUGUGUUGAAAGCGUGAAGCCAGAGUGUGCGUGUGGAUGGAUGUACUGUAAAUGAGUGUGUGUGUGUGUGAGCUUGACUGUAAUGGGAAACGCAGGUGGUGUGAUGUGAAAGGCUGUUGCAAUCUCCCAGAAGGCCAUUUAAACUCUAAUGAAGUGAAUAAAGGACGCAGACUGUGACGCCCCAGCUAACUAUACAGCUCCCCUCCCGCCACCUAGAGAUGAAAAAAACCUGACUCGAGAAGAAAACGCUCAAAAUAUGACAAUCUUCACGCAAGGAUGGAGGUCAAUGUUCCCUGAAAGUGUUGGAGGGAAGGUCUCUGCCAGGCUAUCCCAUCACUUCUCUCCUGUGAGUCCAGUCUGUUUAUGUAUGUGUGUGUGUAAUCCACACAGAUCAACGCUUCAGCCCCAGGGCAGGUCCGAGUCAGUUCUCCACUUGAGAAAGGCACAAAAAGCGUCAGUUAUCGGUUACGAAUCUGCAAAAAUGAAUGAAUCAUUCUCUCAAAUGUCUAAGAGGCAAGCAGGCAGCUUUUGUGACACAAAUCUAUCAAACUGUGAGUGUUUUUUGGAUUUGCUCCCUUUGAAACAGUACACAACAAUGCUGGGAGGUGUUUUUCAUAUGGAUUUCAAAAUUAAACACAUUUUAAAACAAACUUUUUACCCCUAUUUUUUGUGAUUUUUGCAUUAAAAAAAUCUGGUUUGGUAAACCAUGUGGUGAAUGGCUCCUCUGAAUCCCUUUUAAACGCUCAGACUCCCACAGAGGAAAUUAUCCAACACACAGACACGAAAUAAACAAAGCAGACAGUUUUAAACUUUGACAGGGUGAAGGGGGAAGCGUUGGCUUGCUCGCAUUUAGACAGAACCUAAAAACAACCUGAUGGAUUCUCCAUCCUGCAGCCGCUGUAGACCCAUCUGAGCUGGACCACGUCCAGGAAGGUGGGUGGGAAAGAAAUCUAGAGAGGGGAUUAAUCGCCUAAAUAACGUAAAAAGAUCGUAAAACACGCUAAUCUUUUCCCUUUUCAAUUGUCAGCAUGAUUUUUUAAGUCUGCAGCUACUCUGGUGCAACAAUUCAGAUAAAACCCCUCCUAAUGGACUGCAUGGGUGCUCGGUGAACACAGAGACGCUGGGUCAGGCCAUGGAUUGAUUAGAUUUAAUGAUUAGGACUUGGAUAGACCUUCUAUUUGCGCUUGCAUUCCUGAACCAAAGUGUCCUCAACACGUAGCACACAGACAACAGGCUCCACAUUCACAUCAAGCUGAGAAACACAUGAUCCAUGCAAGCAUCUCAAUCAAAGGGCUAAAGUUUUCUCAUAUGCAUGUAAAGUAAAAAACAAAACAAAA